CAUCCUUCGCAGUCUAACAAAAGUUUUGUUUGAAAAGUUUUGUUAAAUGUUAACAUUAUCUUGAACCUGGAAGUAAAUUAAAAAUGUUAAUAGUUUAUGCACAGAUAACGAACACAAUAUGUGGGAAAAUAACAACUAACACUUUAUUCGGCAGUGCUUACAUAUAUACUGUAAACAUGAAAAGUCCAUGUGAUCCAUAACUUAAUUUACGGUAUAUGUCACUGACUGCUCACGGUGUGCUCAGUGAAUCUACUAAGGGUGCAGUCUAAUUAAAGUUUAGUUUGAAUAGUUUUCUUAAACGUGUAUAUUUGGAUUUAUCAUGAACCUGAAGAAGUUUAUGUUACCGGUAUUGUUUGUGGUUGCAUGUUUGCUUUAUCUUCUAACUACAAGCUUGCACACACCGGUUGAUAGCAGGAUUCAUCUAAAGUACACUCAGUUGAAAGAGAUAUCUAGAUAUCCACCGGCACAUAAUGGAGAACAAAAUGCCCAUUUAAUUGGUUUCAAAGAAAAAGAAAUCAAGACUUAUGAAGAUGAAAUAAGAACUACAAGGUCAAAAGGAAAUAACGGAAACAAAGCUAGUCUUGAACAUAACACUGUGAACAUGGAUGCAGAUAGUCGAUCUCAUAGAAGUGAAGUUACUCAUAUAGAAUUCUUAAAAGUUCACAAAGCAGCAAGUUCUACAUUACAAAAUAUAAUGAUGCGCUUUGGGCUCAAAAGGAACUUAUCCUUUGUGAUUCCUACUCCAGUUCAUUAUAUAUCUAAGCAGAGGACUUAUUUUAGCGAUCUUUGGCCUCCUUUGCCAAAAGCGAGCAGUGCAUUUCGUAAUAAUGCAGAUAAGGAUUUUAGUAACAAAUAUGAUAUUCUUUGUAAUCACAUGGUUUUUAAUAGCAAGAAAGUUUCGAGACUCCUUUAUAAUGACUCAGUUUAUAUUGCCAUUGUGCGUGAACCUUUUGAUCAGUUCUUAUCGGCAGCUUUUUACUACAAGUUCAAGUGGAAGUAUCCGUAUCUGGCGAAAUUACCAAAUGAAACAUUUGUUACUGACUUAAUACGAAAUCCUCGCCAAAACGAGGCUACCACAAUGUCUGAGUCAAUGACGUACAACUCAAUGGCGUAUGACUUUGGUUUAAAAUUUGGAACUAUAAAAGACGCCGAAAAGAUAUCACAAGACAUGUUUGACGAGUUUCUCAAUGACACAGCAAAUAUUUUUCAUCUUGUUAUGGUUUUUGAAAAGUUUGACGAAUCGCUGGUAUUGAUGAAAAGAUAUUUAAAUUGGACUUUGGCUGAUAUUUUAUACACGAAAAGUAAUGCAUUUUCUUUAGGUGUAAAGAACAAUAUGUCACAAAUAUCCGAAAUAACAGCAAAUGAUAGUGUUAUCUUUAAAGAAAGGAAUAAGUUUGACUAUGGUUUAUAUGAGUUUUUUAAAGUUCGUUUAGAGAAACAAAUUGCCGAAGAAGACUUAUUCAAUGAAGAAGUCCAUCAUUUCAAAUUAAUACUAAAAGACGUACAGAAUUUUUGUAUGAAGGAAACAACAGAUGAGGCAGACACAAAAUCGGACUUGCCAAAAAAUGAUACAUUCUCACAGGAAACAUCUGCGAAUGCUACAGAGAAGAUUACUGCAUUGGAAAAAGAAACGCCUAAAGAAAUAAAUCAAACCAAGAAACUACUAGAAGUAAUUAAUUCAACCAUAACAGAUAAAGAAGUGACAGAAAUGCAAGAAUCGGAACUACGCGAGUUGGCUAAUUUACAGGAGACAUUGAAAUGGUCUAUAAAGGACCUGAGAGCAAUUUUACCCAUGCUAUUUUAUAAUAAACCCAAAAAGCGUGUAGAAACAAAAGGUCUUAAAUCAGACAGGCUGAUUUCAAAAUCAAAAUGGAAUAAACAAUUCUUUGUUACGUCCUCCGAUUGCGAAUUAAUGACCUUGGAUGAAUUGCCCUUGUUUCGGGUAGUGAAGAAACAGCAUUUGAAACUUCUGGUACGCAGAAUGUUUGGCGAUAAUUUUUCUGUUAUCGAGGCUGUAAAAUAUAUAUUUACAUUUCACUAGAAAUACUCUCAGCUCGAAAAAACCUGUAGCAAAUAUGAUUCUCGUGAAUUAUCGCUUGGGUAGGUUUGUGUCCGUAUUGCACCACGUACUAUGGAGAAAACAAAGUUUAUAUAUUGUUACAUGCCAAGAAUUUAGCAAAGACUUAGCAAAGGCAAACACCUUUCACGUUAAAUCAAAUAAACCGCACGCUGCCACUUUACUGACUUCUAUUGGACUGAUUUCCAUGGCUCAAAGAACUUUUGAACCUAUAAGGGUUUACUCUUGGGUAUUUUGUGAUGUGAUAUUCUGCUAUGAACCUUGAGGACAGUCCGUUUCAAGAACUUCCAGAGUACAUAUAUUCAAAGUUGUUCCGACAGAUGAAGGAAGCAUGAACAAAAAAAGAAAGUCAAAACGCUAUGAGCACAGAAAAUCUAUGACAGCAGAUGAACUGGUGGAGAAAAUAUAGGUUAACAGAAAAAUGAAACAUCGUUUUGUUUAGUGGAAUGAAAAAGGUCUGCCUGUGCACUAUUUGCCUUAAAUUGUAGAUAAAACUUUACCGAAGAAUGCCAACUUGCCUAACUAGAAGGAUAAAGAAUUCUAUAAGACUAUGAGUCUUUCAUUCUUAUCCUUUCCUGCUAUCAUGUACAAACUAUGAUGUAUGUAUUUAAUUUGUGCAUGUAUUACUGGGAAUAAAAUGAGCCGCGCCAUUGGAAAACCAACAUAGUGGCUUUGCGACCAGCAUGGAUCCCGACCAGCCUGCGCUCCGCGCAGUCUGGUCAGAAUCCAUGCUCUUCGCUAACAGUUUCUCUAUUACAAUAGGCUUUGAAAGCGAACAGCAUGGGUCCUGACCAGUCUGCGCGGAUGCGCAAGCUGGUCUGGAUCCAUGCUGGUCGCAAACCCACUAUGUUGGUUUUCUCAUGGCGCGGCUCAAAUAUGUUUAAACUAACUAGAAUACGUACAGCGAUGCAUGAAUUUGCAAGAAGUCCCAAAGUGGUUUAUACCCGUGUGAACGCACAGAAAAUAGCAUUGAAUUUCAUUUAUUUAUUUUGUCUGAUUUAACGUCGCACCGACACAAUUAUAGGUCAUAUGGCGACUUUCCAGUUUUGAUAGUGGAGGAAGACCCCAGGUGCCCCUCCGUGCAUAGUUUUAUCACUAGCGGGCACCUGGGUAGAACCACCGACCUUCCGAAUAUAACAUUCAAUACGUGUUACAAUCUUAACUGCAUAUGAACUGAUCAGACUGCUGAGGCCAAACUUUGACUUAUGCACAGUUUCAAAACAGACAAAAUAAUGAAGCUAUUUCAACAGAUUCUUAUUUCAUACUUCAAGUGCAUCUACGGUAAAUUCUCUUUUGAAUAUUGUAGUUAAAGGAAAGUUAUCAAGGCAAGUCAUGAAAGCUAUUGUUUGCUAUCUGUUGCAUGUUUGCAUGCUGCAUGUUGCAUUUUAUUAUCACAAUCGUCCUUGAACAUUGAUUUUUAAAACUUACAAUUUCCGUGCAUUGUAUAUAUACAUUCUUGGAAAUCAAGUAAAUAAUGAUACAGAGACAAAAGUCUUGUGACAGAUGUUUAGGCUGAAAUAUAAGAUCUAAAUUCACUAAACGAUGAUAAAGGAAAUGUGUAGACGACAUUAGUAAUUAAAUAUUUUCGUAUUUUAAAGGUAUUGAGGUGUAGGAUGUAUAAUUAUUUCGUACGUUAAAUAAUUUUGAUUGAUGUAUUCUUCCGGCAAUAAAGUUUGAGAAAUGGAUGUUAGGGCAUAACAAGAAGGUGACUGGCGUUGAUACCUGGUUUCUUACUACCCCUCCCACGACGGAGUGAAGUAGGGUUGAGUAGAUGCCUCGCAGCAUAAUGAUCCGGAAAGUAUAUUCAUAGCCGUAUGUUUUCCGAAUUGAUAGUUUAUAUGACUGAAGUUGAGUGUUGUACUAUGGCAAUGCGGGAAACAAAGCCUAAAUGUUAAUUUAUGAAUCUGUUCGUUUUGCUCCCGUUGAUUCUCUUUGAUUAUGGGAUAGAUGAUUUAUUUUUGUUUGAGCGUAGCGAACUAGGAAAUAAUGCUUGGAAAUUGAUAAUUGUUAUAAACACAGUUGUUUAUCCUUCUAAAGUUUACUAGUGAUGGACAAUUGCCAUAAAGAAUAUUGUUCUUAUUGUCAAUAGCAGCUAUGGUAUAUAUGCACCUGAAAUCAUAUAUGUAUUUAGAAUUUAAAAAUAAAUGUAUUUAGAUUUAAAUAAGUAUUUACAAAAACAAGUGCAAGCGGAGCAAGAAAAGGCAAAAUUUAGAAAUUUUAAUAGAAAUUUUGAUAAAAGAGCAACAGCUGUCUGCCGUCACAAAAAUUAUUACAAAGUCAAGGACCAUGACAACAGCAUACUCAUAUGCUAUGACAUUGUCCCUACCUCCAUACCCACUCCUGAUCAGUUUUUUUAUUGCUUGUAUGGAGUUUUUAGCCUUUUCUUUAUUUUUUUUAUUUUUGGCUUUUAAAUGUUACUCAGUCGAGUAAUCGAGUAUGCCACGCUACACGCAUGAAAACAAUAAAUAGAUUUACAUAUAUAUCGAGAAAGAGAAGUCCUAUGGGAAGGGAAAAUACACUUUAAAAAUAACAUGGCUGGAAUAAGAGAGAUUUAGAGCUAAAACAUCUUUGGACGGUUUGCUUAUUGUCCAUGAUCAAUCUGCAUGGCUUUAUCAGUAUAUCAAGGUCAGAUAAAACUUUGCAAUCCAAUAAGAGAGAUUUAGAGCCAAAUCAUCUUUGGAAGAUUUGCUUAUUGUCUUAACAGCUUAACAAGCAUCAAUUAACAGAUUUACAUCGAAGAAAAAUGACUGAACUUUUGUCGCUAUGUGUAGCAAUCUAUAAUGGCACAGGAAACUGUACAAUCACAUUUUGAUUCAACAUUAAUUAAAUUUGCAUGGCUUUAUCAGUAUUACAAGGUCAGAUAAAGAUUUGCUAUGUCGAUAAGAUUUAAUGUUAAUAAACGUACUACAGUCCACAUUUUUUCAGUUGUCGUAUCUACUCAAAACAAACAACAAUACAAAUACGUUAGAUACAAAACAUUUCAGUUUUAAUCUUAAAAGAAAUUGUAAGAUCGGAUUUAUCAUGAAACGAAAGAAGUUUGCCUUCCUUGUAUUCGUGCUGGUUGCUUUAUUGAGUUUGUUACAGUUUACACACUGGCUAAAACCGUUAUCUUACAAGGGUCAACUGCCGUACACUAAAACUGAGGUGAAACAACAGGAACCUCGAGCAUUUCCUCCACAAACGAAUGUGGCAGUUAAUUCAGGGGAACGACGCACUUAUUCAGACAUUGUCAACAAAGAAAUGGAAACGGUCUACACUGGUAAAACAAGGACCAUUUUGUCAAACAAUCAUAUCGAAACAAAAGAGAGUUUUGAGAAGGACGCACCGAGUGAAAAUGUUUCUAUACCAUACACAACGGGUGAGAAUAGUCUGUCAAAAGCUUCACUGGAAGUUUCACAUAUAGAAUUCUUGAAAGUUCAUAAAGCCGCCAGCACUACGGUACAAAAUGUAAUAAUGAGAUUCGGGCUUAAAAGAAACUUGUCUUUUGUGAUUCCAACACCAAGGCAUUAUAUAUCUGUGGAAAAGACUUACUUUAGUGACCUUUGGCCGCCCCUGCCGAAUAGAAAAUAUACGCAUAAGAAUAGAGUGCAGAAUAACAAAGCUUCCAGAGAAAACAACAAAUUUGAUAUCCUGUGUAAUCACAUGGUUUUUAACAGCAAGAAAGUUUCGAGACUCCUGCAUGAUGAUUCAGUUUAUAUUGCCAUUGUGCGUGAACCUUUUGAUCAGUUCUUAUCGGCAGCUUUUUACUACAAGUUCAAGUGGAAGUAUCCGUAUUUAGCGAAACUACCAAAUGAAACAUUUAUUACUGACUUGAUACGAAAUCCUCGCCAAAACGAGGCUACCACAAUGUCUGAGUCAAUGACGUACAACUCAAUGGCGUAUGACUUUGGUUUUAAUUUGGGGACUAUAGUAAGUUCUCAGAAUAAAUCGCAAGAACAGUUUGACGAGUUUCUUAACGAGACGGGAAAUAUUUUUCAUCUUGUUAUGGUUUUCGAAAAAUUUGACGAAUCCUUGGUGUUGUUAAAAAGAUAUUUAAACUGGUCGUUAGAGGAUAUUUUAUACAUUCAAAGCAAUACGUUUUCGUUAGAUGCAAAAAGCAAUGUGUCCAAAAUAUACAACAUUACUGCAAAUGAUACUAUCACAUUUAGAAAGAGAAAUAAGUUUGACUAUGGUUUAUAUAACUUUUUUAAAGCCCGUUUAGAAAAGCAAAUUGACAAAGAGAUCUUAUUUAAAGAAGAAGUUAGCCAUUUCAAGAAAAUACAACGUGACGUGCAGACAUUUUGCCUGGAAGAAAUGGAAGAAACGGUAUAUGCAAUAAUGGAAAUGCUUGCAAACUAUACAUUCUCAGAGAAAAUGUCUUCACAAGUUACGCGGCAAAUGACAUCAAAGGCGGAAAGGGAAACUUUUAAAAAUAUUACGCGGAAAGAACCCGAGAUUAAACAGAAAGAACCUGAGAAACUACUCGCAGUAAUAAAUUCAGUCAUAACAUAUAAAGAAAUGACAAAAAGCCAAGCAUCAGAAUUACGCGAGUUGGCUAAUUUACAAAGCAAAGAAUCAUUUAAAUGGCCCCGUCAAGAUCUUAUAAGCCUGUUACCGUUGCUGUUUUAUGAUAAAGGUAAAGAAGUAGGCGAUAAAACUCGCAAGGCUCAUUUUCUCGUUUCAAAAUCAAAAUGGAACAAACAGUUCUUUGUUACGUCAUCUGAUUGUAAAUUAUUGACAAUGGAUGAAAUGUCCCUGUUUAACGUAGUGAAAAAUCAACAUUUGAAGCUUCUGGUACGCAGAAAGUUUGGCGAGAAUUUUUCUAUUAUCGAGGCUAUUAGAUAUAUAUUAACAUUUUAUUAGGAAUGUUCACACUAGGAAUUGACAUUCAAAUAUAAUAGCAGACACCUUGCAUGUGAACCGCUGCUAAAGGGAGAAUUCCUCCUCGUGAACAGAAUUGAAAGUGCGACCGCAUUUACCAUUACAUGUCGAAUACGAGGAACCUGUGAACUCUAAACAGUACCUUGCGUGUGGAUAUUUUUAAUCAAUUUUAGUCAAGAAUGGGAUUUGUUUAGACUUAAACAUCUGCUUCAAUGUAAUUUUAGGUCAUAGUUUUAUUAGUUUUUAAUUGAGACGCACCAUGAGAUAACCAAUAUAGUGGCUUUGCGACCAGCAUGGAUCCAGACAAGCCUGCGCAUCCACGCAGUCUAGUCAGGAUCCAUGCUGUUCGCUUUCAAAGCCUAUUGCAAUUAGAGAAACCGUUAGCGAACAGCAUGGAUCCUGACCAGACUGCGCGGAUGCGCAGGCUGGUCUGGAUCCAUGCUGGUCGCAAAGCCACUAUGUUGGUUUUCACAUGACACGGCUCAAUUAACGAUUAGCAACACAUCUUGGUUUUAUCACUAUAAUUAUAUGUACAUGUGAGUGAUGGACAUAGUGUAGUAUGAAAUAACAAAAGUCUUAUAAUUCUAAUGUAUUGUAUGACUGUGGACUGAUGUUUUAAAUAUGUUAAUUAAUAAUAUGUACUUGUAUUGUAUGUACACAGAUGAGACUAAAUAAAUUCUGCUCAUUUACGCUAACAUUGUUCACACUAAGCACUUGAUACAAGUUACGUUUUUAUUGGAGAAACUUUUAAAUUGUGAUCUUCCAAUCCUGAAUGACUUAAUAAGAUAAGAGAUAUUUUAGAAUAAGAAUAAAUUUGAUAAACAUACUUUAAAUAAUUAAUAAUAUAAAUAUAAGACCUGUUGUGUCACAUUUGUCAAAGAUUUGCAUUUAUAUUUUGCUGACAUUUAUUAGAAACGCAAGUUUGAAGUUUGGUAUUUGUGUUCCUUAAUAAAACUCAAACAAAAUUAU